CAGCUUGGCAUUUGGAUAAACAUUCAAACACAUUCAAUGCCAUAGCCAGCCAUCAACUCACAUGAGGACUUGGGGAAUAAUUUUGGAAAUCACCUAAAGCAAACUAAAGACAUGCAAAGCAUUGGCCAAGAGAAGGCAUUGCUUAGUCAGCUGGGUUAUCGGACUCUGAUCCACUGACGCCCCCCUUACAAAACACUAGUGGCAGCAGCUGAAGGAUUUACUCGUGAACAGAACGAGCACAAUCUUCUGCUGUGACUUUCCACAAAAAGGUGUAGCAGUGGUAACAACACAAUGGACCAGGAAGAUGACAAAAACUCGGUGGAUAUUCAUGACAAUCCUCCCGUUCCUGACAAUGUUGUGAAGGAGGAUGGAGACACGGUAUACUUUAUAUAUGAAGAGGAAGUUGAGGUAGAGGAGAAGGAACCAGAACCUCCCCCACCUGUCAUCCGCGUCAAUGACAAGCCCCACAAGUUCAAGGACCACUACUGCAAGAAGCCCAAGUUCUGUGAUGUCUGCGCUCGCAUGAUAGUCUUGAACAACAAGUUUGCUCUGAGGUGUAAAAACUGCAAGACCAACAUCCACCAUGCAUGCCAGUCCUAUGUGGAGUUCCAGAAGUGCUUUGGCAAAAUACCUCCUGGCUUCAGACGGGCCUACAGUUCCCCUCUGUAUAGCAGCGACCAACCCGAUUCAAACAACCCGAAUCGGAAUGACCCGGUCUUUGACACCUUAAGGGUGGGUGUCAUCAUGGCCAAUAAAGAACGCAAAAAGAAUGAAAAUGACAAGAAAAAUAUGAUGAUGAUGAUGGAGGAAGAGGAAGAUGAGAAUCAACAACCAAAAGAAAAUGAGGAUGGAGGAGAAGGCAAGCCUGAAGAGAAGAAAGAGAAAGGAGGAGAAAAAGCAGAUGACAAGCAAAAAGGAACCUUCUCCCAGUCGCACUACUACUUGGCUCUCUACCGCUUCAAGGCCAUAGAAAAGGAUGAUCUGGACUUUCACCCUGGUGAUCGCAUCACAGUCCUAGAUGACUCCAAUGAAGAGUGGUGGCGGGGAAAGAUGGGAGAGAAGAGUGGCUAUUUCCCUACCAACUACCUCAUUAAAGUGCGUGCAUCAGAAAGAGUUUACAAGGUCACACGCUCUUUUGUUGGGAACAGAGAGAUGGGACAGAUCACAUUGAAGAAAGACCAGAUUGUAGUGAAGAAAGGAGACGAGAAGGGCGGUUACUUGAAGGUCAGCACUGGACGCAAACUGGGCUACUUCCCCCUCAAUCUGCUCCAGGAGAUCACUGUGAUAUAAAAAGAACGUGUGCAAACACCAAAGUCAAUAUUCUUAUUUCAGCAGAUGGUCAAGAGUAUGCUGUAUAUUUUAAAUAUUAGCAAAUGGUGAGAUGAUACGUAUGAUUCGAGAUCUGGUUGCUGGUAUUUAUUUUCUAGAACAGUCAAUUUAAUAUUUCAAUUAGCACACAAUUACCACUCCAGGAACAAUUAAACAACAAGCAUCCAUCCAUUUUCUAUGCAACCCCUAUCCUAGUGGUAGUUGCCCUUGAGCGGUGAGCACAAAUAUAAUAUUGAAAAAUAAAAAUCUCAGGUCACAUACAUUUAAACAAACAAUCAUGCUCCUCCCAUUUAUAUCUCUGGAUUCUUUUACCUCGAGUAAAGCCAUAGCAUGCAUGUUUUCAGAAUGCGCCAGCAAACCGGAACAAUCAUAGCCAGGAAGACAAAAAUUGAACCUGCAUCCUCAGAAGUGUGCGUCAGACAAACACAUAAUUAAACUUAUGUAUAUGCCCCAUUAUAUUGUUUUCUCAUUUGCAAAAUAAAAGGGCUGUUUUUCAAAAUGAGAGGAAAGAAAGUGUACCUAUUCAAACAAUUUGAGAAAAAUUGAGGUAAACUUCAACCAACAGUGCAUAUUACACAUUGGGUAUUAUUCUAUGACAAGUUCCCUUAGGGGUACAUAUUCAUGACAUGUACCCUUGUGCAAUUAGGGGCACUCUAAAGGUACAUAUAUGUGAUAUCCCUCAGGGUACCCUAUUGGGUUGUUGGUCCUUAAUGUUGAUAGUUGAUCAGUUAGCGCAAGUUACUCCAAUGUCAAACUUUUUGUUAAUGCAAUGGCUUCUCCCCAUUUUACACAGACGGAUUUGUCAUAACAUUAGCUGACUUGUCAGUAUAAAUUUUACAAAUCCUCUUAUAUGGAUGAAUCCACUUUAUCAGCCUUGCAGUGGUUUAAAUGUACAAGGACAGUGGGUGGCUGUCAGACCACAGCCCACCAGAGACGUGGGUGUGUUUGGGGGGGGACACCUCACUUUGAAAGUGGCGGCGGGGGAGAGCGGUGGGGGAUGCAGCUUCUCGCUGCAGAAUGUCCUCACUAGUCUGGAGGCUUCAACUCAGUGAAAGUCAUAUUCUUGAGUCAAGCUUGCUCUCUUCCUCUCUGAAUGGAUGUUUGGCUGUGCAAGAUGGUGCCCAUGGGUUUGAAGUUGACCAUCACCUGCCUGUGGCUUCUCCCUUCGGCUGUAAGUUAACAACCUUGACUAUCGUACUUCAGAGUUAAAGAAUACUUUUUGCAAACUGAGACAUUUACAUAAUGAUACCAAGAAUAGGUUUUGAUUGAAUCGUGAUAGAAUUCCUCUGACGGAUAUGAUGCCUUCAUACCUGAAAAAUGACACUCCUCUCUGACAGUCUGGUGUGUUUUUGUGUCAUUGUUUCGCCUCUUGGCAAAUGAUUAAAAAAUAUAUAUCUCA